AACCACAACGCCGCCAUCUCCUCGGCGACGCUGCCGCCGCCGCGGCGGGGCGGCCUGCGCUCGGCCAGCUGCCAGCAGGCGCUGGCGGACUGGUACUACAGCCAGGCCGAGGCCGGGCCCCCGGGGCCCCCCCAGGACCGGCUAGCGGAGCUAGCGCUGGGCCUCGGCCGCCGCGUGGCCUCGUCUGCAGAGCAGCGGCGGAGGGAAGCGCUGCUGCGACACCACCAGGCAGCCGCCGCGGCGGCGGCACACGACUCGUACUGGGGGGCCGAGCCGGCCCCGGGUCCAGACCCGGGGACCAGGACCUGCUCCGAGGGCCUGCUAGCCGCCUACGCCGAGUACGAGCACAACUACGGGCGGUCGGUGGAGGCGCUGGCCAAGGCGUCGGCCCUGGUGGCCCCGCACCGCCCGCAGGGGCCACAUAUGGACCAGAACCCCCAGACCGGCCCCCCCGGGCCCCAGACCGGCCCCCAGACCGGCCGGCAGGUGGCGGAGCCCCAGACCCGGCGGGGGAAGGACCCGGAGCUGCCGGGGUACCAGGGCUUCUCCCGCAAGGCCGGGCCGCUCCUGCAGCAGGCCAGCUCCUUCCGGGAACCCGGCUACAGCGGCCCCCAGCUGGACUGGGCCGACGGGGCGGGGGGGGUCCUGGGACCAGGGGACCGGGACCAGGACCAGGACCCGGCCCCGGGCCCCCCCGGGGCCUCGGAGGUCGUCCUGAGGCAGAAACCCCCCGCGGGCCGGCGGACCCCCGUGCAGGCGCUCCGGCACUCCCACUACGCCACGCCGGGGGGGUCCCCGCCCUCGUCGGGGGCCCCCUCGCCGGUCCCUGGACCAGGACCAGGACCCGUCCGCCGGGCUAACGGCAGCCUAGCGCAGCACGCCUUGGACUCGCUGUCCUCCAUCCCCUUCAUAGACGACCCCGGCAGCCCUGGUUCUGACGGUUCUGAUGGUUCUGAUGGUUCUGACGGUUCUGACGGCCCCGGUUCUGACGGGUCCCGGGUCCAGACCUCCGUCCUUGUGUCCCCCUCCGUGUCCGUGUCCCCGUUUGUCCGACUUCGUUCCCAGGACUGCAGCAGCAUCAAGUCCCGGCGGUCCUCCUACCUGCUGGCCGUCACCACCGAGAGGUCCAAGUCCUGCGACGAAGGACUGAACACCUUCAGGGACGAGGGACGGGUCUUCUCGAAACUACCGAAGAGGGUGAAGAGCUUUUUCACUGAUGGGUCCCUGGAGAGUCUGCGGGCCCAGGAGGAGGCCCGGGUCCAGGAGGAGAACCGGUCCAAGCGCCGCUCCACCUCCGAUCUGGGAUCCAUCAGUUUCAGCGACGUGAGGAAGGAAGGGUGGCUGCACCUGAAGCAGAUCCUGACGGAGAAGGGCAAGAAAGUGGGCGGCGGCAUGCGUCCCUGGAAGCGCUGCUACUCGGUGCUGCGCUCCCAUUCGCUGUUCCUGUACAAGGACAAGCGUGAGGCGGCGCUGGCGGGGGCUGGCACGGGGCCGGGGCCCGCCCCGGGGGCGGGGCUCCAGGACGACGCCCCGCCCAUCAGCCUGCGCGGCUGCCUGGUGGACAUCGCCUACAGCGGCACGCGCAGGAAACACGCGCUGCGGCUAACCACGCAGGACUUCUGCGAGUACCUGCUGCAGGCCGAGGACCGCGACGACAUGCUGGCCUGGAUCCGGGUGGUCCGGGAGACCGGCAAGACCGACACCGAGGAGAUGGGAUUCUCCAGGCAGGCGCUGAUCAACAAGAAGCUGAACGACUACAGGAAACACAGUCUAACAGGUUCCAAGCCGGACUCGUCCCCCAAAGUCCACCGUAUGGUGCCCCCCUUCCUGCUGGCCAAGACCGACAACACCUGCCAGACCCGGGGGUCCAGAUCCGACGACAUCAGGGCCCUCUGGGGGAUCAACCUCAUGAAGACCAGGACCAGGAAAAACCAGGACUCGGGUCCCAAGGCCUUCGGGGUCCGACUGGAGGACUGUCAGCCUGCUGUCAAUCACAAGAUGGUCCCCCUGGUGGUGGAGAUGUGCUGCCGGGUGGUGGAGGACCUGGGUCUGGACUACACCGGGGUCUACAGGGUUCCCGGUAACAACGCCAUGGUGUCCAACCUGCAGGACCACCUGGACCGGGGACUGGAUCUGAGCCAGGCUGAGGAGCGCUGGCAGGACCUGAACGUGAUCAGCAGUCUCCUCAAGUCUUUCUUCAGGAAGCUGCCGGAGCCGCUCUUCACCGACGAAAAGUACAACGACUUCAUCAAUGCCAACCGGAUAGAAGAUUCUGAGGAUCGACUGAAGACCAUGAAGAAGCUGCUCCAGGACCUGCCGGACCACUACUACCACACCCUCCGGUUCCUGGUGACCCACCUGAAGAAGGUGGCGGACCACUCCGAGAAGAACAAGAUGGAGCCCAGGAACCUGGCCCUGGUCUUCGGUCCCACCCUGGUCAGAACCUCGGAGGACAACAUGACCGACAUGGUGACGCACAUGCCGGACCGCUACAAGAUCGUGGAGACGCUGAUCCUGCACUGCGACUGGUUCUUCAGUGACGGACAACUGGACAACAAGCAGAAGGCGCUGGAGCAGAAACACGACGUCCUGCCGGUUCCAAACAUCGACCACCUCCUGUCCAACAUCGGCCGGCCCGGCAUGCCGGGGGAGACCUCAGAUUCCACCACCAGCGGUUCAGUUAAAUCCAAGGUUUCUUCCGGUUCCAGGAAAGACCUGACGGCCCGAGACUUCCUGCCCCGGUCCCUUUUCUCUGCCGUGACCCGCAAACGCAAGAAACCCCUGGUGGGCCCGGCGGCCGGCGGCGCCGACGGGGACUCGGACCACGAGCCCGUCAAGACCUCCAACCUCGGAGGAGAAGAAGAAGAAGGAGAAGGAGGAGAAAGAGAAGAAGACGGAGACCAAGGGGGGAAGGAGGAGCCGAUACCGGGAGAAGGAACCUUUCCUAAACCAGGAGAACCGGGGCACCACCCGGGGAACGACCCGGGGAACGACCCGCGGAGGGGAACCGAACCGCCGGCUACCACGCCGGCCCGGCCACUCCGUCCCAACAGUUUCUACUCCAGACCAGCGCCGGCCUCAGACCCCCCGUCCCACCAGAACCAGACCAGAACCAGAACCAGACCCCCCGUUCCCUUCUGGAUCUCCCCCAGCCGGCCGCCCAACCUGUACCAGGCCCUGGGGACCCGGAACUGGACCCAGAACUGGACCCAGACCCCGGUCCGCUACCGCAGGACCAGGGCCGGGAGGACCCGGGCCACGUCCAUGAACCUGGACCUGGACCUGGACCUGGACCAGGACCCGGGACGGUGGGAGACGGACCAGGUGGAGGUCGUCAGGGUCCCGGUCCCGGGUCGGCCCGGAGGAGUUCCUCAGGGAUCCGCUCUGGGGCCCGGGUCCCCUGGACCUGGACCUGGACCUGGAUCUGGAUCUGGAUCUGGAUCCGCCCCCGUCGUCCUCAGGAGAUCCAACCAGGACCCGCGGGACAAGACCAGAGCCUGGAGACGGCACACCGUGGUGGUCUGAGGUCCCAGGGGGGUCCAGGUCCCAGGGGGGUCCAGGUCCCAGGGGGGUCCAGGUCCCAGGGGGGUCCAGGUCCCAGG